AAGGUAGGAAAGGAAGCCACGGCUCUCGCGAGGAAGCUUCCGGCGCUCCUCUCUUCCCGAGGCGGGCCGUCACGUGAUACGAUCUCGCCCAAUUAGCGUGCGGGCUGCGGGGGUCGCCGCGGUUCCCGCCAAAUACGAGCGCGGCGGCCGCGGCAGCCUGGCGCGGGCGGGAGGGCGAGCAGCAGCGGCUGCCGGAGCUGAGCCCGCGCCUCCGCCGCCUCAGGGGACCUCGAGCUGCCGCCCGAGAAAUGCUGGAAGAACCGGAGUGCGCGGCGCCGGGCGCCAGGGGAGCGGCCCCAGGGAUCUUUGUAGCACACAGCAGGCCUCCCAAAACGCGAGGCGGGGAACCAAGGAAACCCUGACUACCUGUCUCCCCUGCUUGACUCCACGUUGCAUCCCCAGCUCCCGGCACCGGGUUUGGCAGCCAUGGAUUGCAAAGACAGACCAACCUUUCCAGGGAAGAAGCUGAUACAAGCCCGUCUGCCGUUCAAGCGCCUGAAUGUUGUCCACAAGGAGAAAGCCAAGGAUGAGCCAGACGACAGAAGCUCUCAGAGCACCUCAGGAGAAGAGAAAGUCACUGAUAUGGAAGCCUCUUUGGACAUCUUGGAACACGACUGUCAUGUGGAUUCUGACCUAGACUUCAGACCGAAACUCAUCAAUGGGAAGGGUCCCUUAGAUAACUUCAUAAGAAGUGAAGUCAAAAGCAGCCUCAGCGAGAACAUGGUCAUCAUCGAUUUGACAGAGGAUUCAAAUGAGGAGCUGGAGAGUACUGUGGACCACGAUCCACUAAAUCCCAAAGCCUCCCUACCUGGGGAGUCUGUCAACGGGGUCAGAGAGGAGGCUGGAGAUGAGGGGCCCUUAAAGGUCAUUUACAGUGACAAGUUGGGGCUUCCUGAAGAGACCCUUUCAGACCGUCCUUGCAAAACAGAGGAAGAGCAUGGGGGCUCAUGCGGCCCAGGCAGGAAUGGCAGCUCCCAGGACAGCUCCCCGCAGAGCUGCCCCAAGCUGCCUGGUUGCCUGAGUAUGUGCCCCAGAGAGGAGCAGGGUAGUUGGAGUGAAGCUGGAGGCCUCCUGUUUAAAGGGAAAGUUCCUGUGGUGGUCUUACAGGACAUCCUGGCUGUAAGUCCUCCCUGUGGCAGAUCUCCUCCUGAGAUGCCUCUGGACAAGAGUGGGACGUCAGAGAGUGAGGUGUUUGAAUCAUGCCCUGAAGAAGACUCUGUCCUUAGCCAUUCAUCCCUGAGCUCCUCUCCUAUCACCUCACCCGAGGGGCCAACUGCUCCUGAGAAGCAGCAGGGUGGCAUCAGGACCUCCCCUGCCUCCACGCCUGUCCGCAGAAUUACCAAGAAGUGUGUCAAAGGUUCUACAGAGAAGAGCAAGCUGAAACUGCAAAGAGAUAGAGAGCAACUGCGGGAGGAGAAGGAGAAGCUGAAGGAGGAAGCCCGGCGUGCCAGGGAGGAGGCGCGGAAGAGGAAGGAGGAGGAGAAGGAGCUGAAGGAGAAGGAGAGGCGCAAGAAGCGGGAGAAGGAUGAGAAAGAGAAGGCAGAGAAGCAGCGGCUCAAGGAAGAGCGGCGCAAGGAGAGGCAGGAGGCCCUGGAGGCUAAACUGGAGGAGAAGAGGAAAAAGGAGGAGGAGAAACGGUUACGGGAGGAAGAGAAGCGCAUUAAGGCAGAGAAAGCCGAAAUCACCAGGUUCUUCCAGAAGCCAAAGACCCCACAGGCCCCCAAGACCCUGGCCGGCUCCUGUGGGAAGUUUGCCCCCUUCGAGAUUAAAGAGCGCAUGGUCUUGGCCCCUCGGUGUCGGGCCGCCUUGGACCAGGACCUCUGUGAUCGAUUAGACCAGCUCCUCCAGCAGCAGAGCGGAGAUUUCUCCUUCCUGAAGGACCUCAAAGGCCGCCAGCCGCUCAGGUCUGGGCCCACUGAGACCUGCAGUCAGGACACAGACACUAUCAACAGGGAUGUGGUGAUUGUGGGGACCAGCAAGGGUGACGACGUGCCCGAAAGAAGGAAGUUCGGCCGCAUGAAGCUCCUGCAGUUCUCCGAGAAUCACCGGCCUGCGUACUGGGGGACGUGGAAUAAGAGGACAGCAGUCAUCCGCCCUCGGGACCCCUGGGCCCAGGACAAGAAGCUCCUUGACUAUGAGGUGGACAGUGACGAAGAGUGGGAAGAGGAGGAGCCUGGGGAGUCACUGUCCCACAGCGAAGGGGAUGAUGAUGACGAAGUGGAUGAUGAAGAUGAGGACGAUGGCUUUUUUGUGCCCCAUGGGUACCUGUCUGAGGAUGAAGGCGUAACUGAGGAGUGCGCUGACCCAGAGAAGCACAAGGUGCGCCAGAAGCUCAAGGCCAAGGAGUGGGAUGAGUUCCUGGCCAAGGGGAAGCGGUUCCGAGUGCUCCAGCCGGUGAAGAUCGGCUGCGUGUGGGCUGACGGUGCAGGCUGCUCAGCCGCCGACCUCAAGGUGCUGCAGCAGUUCGCAGCCUGCUUGCUGGAGCCGGCACCCUCCGAGGACGAGCCGGCGCCCAAGGCCUCCAAGCGGGAAAAGAGGGACCAGCAGAUCUUGGCCCAGCUGCUGCCCCUGCUGCACGGCAAUGUGAACGGGAGCAAGGCGAUCAUCCGCGAGUUCCAGGAGCACUGCCGCCGGGGCCUGCUGAGCAUCGGGGAAGCUAGCAAUCCCCCAAGCCCCACCACCCCAUGCCCACACACGCCCACCGAGGACGCCGCCGUGCCCUCCAAGGCCAGGCUCAAGCGCAUCAUCUCCGAGAACUCGGUGUACGAGAAGCGACCCGACUUCAGGAUGUGCUGGUACGUCCACCCGCAGGUGCUGCGCAACUUCCACCAGGAGCACCUGCCCGUGCCCUGCCAGUGGAGCUACGUCACCAUGGUGCCCUCGGCCCCCAGAGAGGACAGUGGCGGCGUCCCUGCCACGCCACCCAGCCAGGGGACCCCCGUGUCGCUGAAGCGGAAGUCGGCGGGCAGCAUGUGCAUCACGCAGUUCAUGAAGAAGAGGAGGCAUGAGGGGCAGAUUGGAGUUGGGGACAUGGAUGGCUUCCAGGGGGACACAGAAGAGGAAGAGGAAGAUGAUGGCGACUGUAUGAUAAUGGACAUCCCAGAGGCCCAGGACCUGUGCGAAGCCACAUCUGGAGCCGAAGGCACCGUGGGGAUGGACACCAGCGAGGGGCCGCUGUCUGCAAGCCCGCUGGGCGCCUCCUGAGCAGCCGGCAGCGCCCGUGGACCAAUGCCCCACACACCCGAUACUUGAACAUACUGCCAACUCCUGUGUAAAGAGCACUUUGUCCCGCUUCGCAGGCCUCUUGGGGUCUGGAAAGGUUUAUAUGGAUUUAUAUGGAUGCCUGAUUAGUUCUUGACAUUUGUAAAAAUCUCCCUUCCAAAGCUGCAUAUUAAUCUGUCCUUUAAUAAAGCAUUAUUUUGAGGUGUGACCUGCACAGGCACCUGCUCAGGCCCUGAGGCACGCAGGUGCUGGGUCAGACACAUGUAAAUGAAUUGAAUUGCCAGGCGCCUGCGGCCCCGGUGGACUCUGGCCUGAUGUGGAAGUGUAUAAACUUGUUCUCUCCUGA